AUUUGAAAUAGAAAUUCCGUUUAUAAACGUAAUUAAUUGAAAAAAAAAUAAAAUAAAGACAAGUUAAACAACUAGAUAUCCAUUUACUUUCUAAAGAUACUAUAACCACAUACUUUCUUCACUUAAAGAAUAAAACCGACUGCCCAAUAAUACAGUUGAAGCUGUUUUAUGCGUUUCCCUGUUGAUAAAAACCGCAAAAUUUUUCCUUUAUUACCUUUUCUUUCUUUUUUCUCUACCUGUUAUUGCUAUCAUAGUAUGAAACGUAAAAGGAAAUCCCCCCUGACCCUAAGGAAGAGGGGGUCACUCUUAAAAAAAAAAAAAAAAAGAGAAAACACUGACGAUGAUUUUCAACCACAAAUAAAACUUUGCAAGAAAACAAGUCAAGAAAACUUAUCAUUCAAGAAAUAUGAAGAAUAUGAAGAAACAGAGCGUACCAUUGCCCAAGAAGAACAAUCCACUGAACAAGGCAAUCAUUUAUAUUAUUUUUUUUUUGACAACAACACUCACCGCUUUAUCGGUUAAAACUGCUCCUGUUAAAAAAAGACAAAGGUAAAGGAAAGGCAAUUGAUACAGCUCCUACUACCAAAGAAAAAGAUAAGGUUUA